UUUAAUAAAUACUGUUUGUUUGAAGAGCGUUACAUAACUUGGAACAAGCAACAUGAAAUGAAGCAAAAUGCUUUCAGCAUGCUUUCUGCUGUUUCACACAAUCACAAGCUUUUAGUGCAAAUGCUGGCUUUAGUGCCAAGAUCAAUUAUUUACUCGUCACAUUCUUUUCUGGCCUCCGCAGUGCAGACAUGCUUCCUGAUAGGCCAACGCGUGAGUCAUGUGACUGAGUGGGAGGGAGUGGGAGUGACAUGUUUCCACCUCCAGCAUCUACCUUUACUGUGAUCCAGAAGCAGCUGUGCAUGGCAUCAGGGUGAGACACACACUGCUUCAUCUGGCCCUCACCGAGCUCCACCAUGAGCAGUGUAGUCAUCGGCCGGACGUCAGCGACCACUCGGUUCGUCCCUCAGCCAACACUGCUUUGUGAAUUUGCCUCAUGCAUGCCACAAACCCACAGAUGUCUGCCCGGCCACCUAGUAUAUGCCGAAACCUGGGGGCAGUGGAGGGGCACCACCAGGAAGUCGAGAUGGCAGCGGGAUAUGUCGGAGCAGCAGCAUCAGCAGCGGCUCUGGAGGAAAGAUCAUGUCCCUGUCGUCUAUGAGCGAGAGCGUGAACAGCGGCCUGAGCUGCUUCCUGUCAGAACAAGCCCUGGAGCAGGAGGAGCGUCAGCAGCGGAGCAGCCAUUUAGCAGAGUUUCAGCGCCUCAGAGAGGUCAGAGCGGCAGCACAGCUCAAAAACCUGGAGGACUUCCUCAGGAUGAACCAUGUUUCACUCAGGGACACCAUGUCUUACUCCACAGGCAUGAUAUACAGAAAUCUGGGGAAAUCUGGUCUGAGGGUUUCCUGUCUCGGAUUGGGUACAUGGGUGACAUUUGGAGGCCAGAUAUCAGAUGAGGUGGCAGAGGAGCUGGUGACUUUGGCGUACGAAAAUGGCGUGAAUCUUUUUGACACAGCAGAGGUUUAUACAGCUGGAAAGGCUGAAAUUGUCUUGGGAAGCAUCAUAAAGAAGAAAGGAUGGAGGCGAUCCAGUUUAGUCAUCACCACCAAAAUCUUCUGGGGUGGAAAAGCGGAAAUGGAAAGAGGAUUAUCUCGGAAACACAUCAUCGAAGGUCUAAGAGCCUCGCUAGAGAGACUUCAGCUGGAUUAUGUAGAUGUGGUUUUUGCAAAUCGACCAGAUCCAAACACACCUAUAGAAGAGACAGUGAGGGCAAUGACCCACGUGAUCAACCGGGGGAUGGCCAUGUACUGGGGGACGUCACGAUGGACCUCCAUGGAGAUCAUGGAGGCAUACUCCGUGGCUCGACAGUUCAACCAAAUCCCUCCAAUCUGCGAACAGGCAGAGUACCACAUGUUCCAGAGGGAGAAGGUGGAAAUUCAACUCCCUGACCUCUACCAAAAGAUAGGCAUCGGAGCAAUGACGUGGUCUCCUCUGGCGUGUGGGAUCAUCUCAGGGAAAUAUAACAACGGGAUCCCCCCUACUUCACGAGCCUCACUUAAGGGUUACCAGUGGAUGAAGGACAAAAUCCUGAGUGAGGAGGGGCACCGCCAGCAAGUGAAGCUAAAAGAGAUGCAGGCGAUCGCUGAAAGACUCGGCUGCACUCUACCUCAACUAGCCAUUGCCUGGUGUCUGAGGAACGAAGCAGUGAACUCUGUCCUGCUGGGAGCUUCAAGUAUUGGACAGCUGCAGGAGAAUAUCCGAGCAAUACAGGUUCUACCAAAGUUAACACUCUCCAUGGUUUCUGAAGUGGACAACCUUUUGGGAAACAAGCCAUACAGUAAAAAGGACUGCAGGUCAUAGUGAUGUGUGAUAGUGAUAGUGUCACCUGUGUUGAAGCCUAUGAAUGAGAGACAGCAACACAGACGGGCAUUAUAGCAACUUAGAGUGCAGCUAACAUUUAACCUGGAACCUGUUUCUUUUAGACAGAAAAAACUGAAAAAGAUGCCCUAUCAUUCCUUUCAAUGAGUCAUGCACUCCAGUCCACUUUCUUGAUUAUAUCUGCACCUGAUGCCACGAAAUUAUGUCAACCACUUUUAGUCCAAAAAUUGCCAUCAAUAAAAAAAAUAAAUGCUCUGAUGAGCUAAGGUACAGAGGCACCAAAGAAACUAGACUGAUUUAUACUUCAGUGUUGAAUCCACACCACACGUUGAAGCUGCAGGUGCUACACAUAAGGCUAAUCUGCUUCUACCUUAGAUGCAACUAAGGCCUGGUAAACACUUAACGCAAAACCAAAGCUCACAAAUUAUGGGCUCAGAGUACAGUUUCCUCUGAAUACUCCCACAGACAGUAGUUGAAGUCAGAGGAGAAGGAAGUUGAAGUUGUUUUUCAUUUCAUGCUUGGUUUGUUGAUUAUUAAUAUGUCUGAAAAUUCCACAAAAGUGCGUCGUGUAAAUGAGUGGACGCAGAGUUAGAAUCAUUAAUUGAUUUUUAUGUAUUGCAGUAAAGCCUCCUGCAUCAGUACACCUAGUGAGCAUGAACCGGGAUGUCAACAUUGACAUUUGAUAGAAGCUUUUUGGUCCAAGACAAAAUUUCAACUAUUAUCAACCAGCUAAAAUCUCAACAUUGACAUGUCAGGAAUCAAAUAUUUGUUGUAGAAUUUUGAUAAAAUGUUUAUUUUAGGGUUGAAUUGAUGAUAGAAAUUAUCAUUGUGACUACUGUACAUUUCUUCCAUGUACUUUUCCAGUGGUAGAUGGAAUCCUGACUACACAAAGCCUUGUGCAAUUUAUCUUUCAUAUAAAAUCAUAAAUACAGUGCUAUAUGUGUGUGAACGUGUGAUGAAAAAUAUGACAGAAGCAGAUUUCAUGAAAAUAUAGAUGUUUGGUCAAGGUCUACAAAUAUUCUAUGAAAAAACUUGCUUUUAAACCAGAUUCCUGCGUCUUUCAAACAGUGGCCACAGACAUCUUUGUAACGGUUUUUCAACUGAAAAAUUCUCUAACCAUGUCAUCUAUCUUAGAUUGCAGUUUCAAUGAUCUCUGUACUUGUGUUUAUUAAUGUAGAUAUGAUACGUCCAUAUCAUGCUGUGGUGCUUUCAGACACUGUCUGCCAUUCUGAAGGGGCGCAAGCUUGAGAAUCAGCUCAUAGCCCUUCCUUCACUGAACAAGAUGAUGCUGUCUACCAAGCAAAUAAUUUACAAUUCACCAGCUACGAGCAGCUAAUCAGGCUCAGAUUGGCCCUCCUGUACUCUUCCAAUGGAGCUGAAAUUCAGCCCAACGUGAAACUCAGUUGUACAGCUCAGAAAUGUAGUCAUAAUUAGUCUCAACUUGCACAGACUAAGACUUUGGCAGUGCGGUCCACUUGUAACCAUAUUGCACCAAAACUGUCACACGCAAUCUGUUAGCUCACACUUGAAGCCAAAACUCAAACAGGGUCAGUUCUUGCAUACCUUCUGCAUUUCAGUAAAUUCAACAAAAGUGAAUCUACAUUUUCAAACUCUGAUUCAAUAUUACUUGCUCAGUUCAGUCAAAAUGGUUCAAGUGCAAAGAGAAGCGCAACACAAUGACACAGAAACAAUACCGCCAAGUAGUAAGUUAGUGGUGUGAUUGCAGAGCGACACAAAAUCACCAGAAGUUCACAACUGAGCAGACAACUUCCUUUGGCUGAGACAAGACUGGUUGGAUUUAAUACACAAUUAUGAACCAGACCAGUGUUCAGCUUUGUGUAUCAAACCAGGAUUCUUCUCUGUCUACAGUUUGUUGCCUCAGCAUGUCACACAUGCACGUUGCAUGUGUGUGCAAUUUUACAUGUUGCACAAGACCUUUGAGCAAAUAAAAUGAUGAGUGAAUGCAUUAGUCUUUCCUGUGUAAUAAUAAUAGGUAUGCUUGGACACUGUCAGUACUGUUAUUGGAUUUAGUUGUACUCGUAGAAAAAGACUUGAGUUAGUUCUGCACUGUGUUACCCGUUUGAUCAUAGUUACAUUAACUCACCUGCUUUUGUCAGGUAUGUUAAACUCUGCUGUAAAGAUUUUUCUGUUCUACUUUUAAUAAAA